AUGCGUUUACGUGAGCCGAAGGUAGAGCAGGACACAGCAACCCCAGAGGCACCUCCAGCGUCGCUCCCAACUCCGACGUCUUCGCGCCCGCCGUUAUCCCUACCGUCUCGCAUUCUCGUGUUUUUCUCGUCUUUUAUCAAGGAAGCACUGGUGUCUUCUCUGCGACGAAUUGUUGUCGGUCCUUUUUUGAAAGACCUUGACGAACACCAACUCCACGUGGCCCUCGGAAAACGAGAGGUCAGCGUUUCCCAUGUUCAAGUCCAAACAGCGGCAGCGAACCAGUUGCUUCUGCAAACAGGCAUUCCCGUCCAACUCCGGGAGGUCUACAUAGAACAGAUUCAGUGGCUAGUUCCUUGGCGCCUGCGUCUGAAGGGUGUGCAUGUCGCCAUCGAGAGGAAGGGCCGGAAGCGAGAGAGAGACUGUGAGGAGAACGACGUCGUUCGAGGUUGGGUGCUCCGGUUCCAUGUAGAGCUGAUACGCGUCUGCGAAGUGGACCAAGAAGGGAGCACUGUGAGUGUUCAGAUUGACGGCCUGAGCGCGUCGCUGCUCUCUGACGCUGCCUCUCUGUUCUCCCGCCGCUCGCGUGCCGAUGAUCGUCAGGUGUCUCACCGUCGGGCGGGCAGUGCACCCCAUCGUAAGGACACGACAGAGAGAAGCUGGAGAAGAUAUUUUAGAGGGCACAGCUCACAUCCAAAAGAAAAGAGAGAAGCCGCUGAACACGACGAAGAAAGGCAACGCUGCAAUGGGGCGGCACUCGGCGACAAGAAGGUGACAGGAGCCUCCCCGAAACAGGGCGUAUCGUCUCUGUUGGAGUCGCGAUCCUGGGACCUUUCAAACGAGAAACCUCUUGAUGAAAAUCGUUCCUCGUUCUACCUCGUACACCGCAAGUGGCUGGACGCGCCGGGAGACCUCCUCUUUGUCACGAAACCACCAAUUCCGGGCAGGACACCAACCCGUUCUGCUUCCUCUUCGCAAGACGUCAAAGGCUCGCCAACGUCUCUCGUCUCUAACUAUUCGCUGGCUUCGGAGAAGGCAGCCACCCACGUCUGUGCUUCCGACUUGCACGCAUCGCCUCCGCCAGGUGCGUCUCGUCAGAAGACCGGUUCAGAUUUUCCCCGCCAGGCGAAUCCUCUCCUGGAGCAUUUUUGUCCUAAACCCUGCGCUCCCAUCGGAGGGACAGCACCCCGGUCGGCGUCCAUCGGGGCGACGUUCAGUGACGACCCAGAACUCUCCCGGAGCCGCUGGAAUCGAGCCUCAGGUCUUGUGGGGGCCUCCCCUGAGGCCUCAGAUCGCCUAGGGGCGGUUUGCGGCGUGAACGUCCUCACGGGGACAGAGACACGUGCCCGUGGUAGGCCACGAGUGGCAGUGGCUGGGGGGUUCACGGAGCCUUGUGUUCGCGGGGCGGGACUGCACAGAGCUGGCACAGAUAUCGAUUUUGCCUUCCGUGGGCACGAAGUCCUGAGGCCUCGAGAGAUCUCGCUGGAAGCCGUUUGCGCGGAGAGAGAAGAUAGAGGGAGAAUAGCGGGAGAAGCGGACUCGAAAGGAGUCGCUAGGUUCGAUGCCUCUGGCGUGGUUGGAGAAAAGGAAGACAGAAACGCACCGACGUCAUCUGACGGAGAAGAAGACGACGACGCAGUCCAAGAACCCUCCCCUUACUCGAUAUGUGGAGUGCUUCAGAUGCGACCUAGUAAGCGGCUUCACUCGCCCCUCGUGGGGAUCUCCCCCGUGUUCAGUCCUUUUGCAGCCACGAGUCCGGGGCAGAGCCGCCGCGCGUCUGUCUCGUGUGCUUCCCUGGCCACUCCCGUGUGUGCCUGUGUUGCCAAAGCCCUGGUGUCUACAUCGCCGAGCCAUUCGGCCUUCGACGGGACCCAGACAGGAGGCAGCAUCGCUUUGUCGCCGGGUGCUGUUCCCUGCGGGUCACCGUCGCCCUACACCCCAGCCUUGUCCGCCUUCUCUGUCCCACUGGCCCCGCCGUCUCACGUUCCGCCCGGCCCGGCGGAUUUGCCUACUCAGUUCCUUCCUUCUUACGGAGGAGAAGAAGUGCCCGUCGCUCCACUGGCCCCGGCGCGUGGAGCGCCUUCGUCGCCCCCUUCCGCUCACGACCAACACCCCGCAGUUGUAGCUGCAGUUGCUGCGGCUCUUGACGCGUCCCAUUCGUCUUUCGUUGGCGAAGGAGGAACGCGAGGAAGAGAAAGUCUCGGAGAGGAUGCUCACUUUUUGCGAGCUUCGGGCGUGUCACAGUCUCCGUUUGGUGCACGCCUUUCGGGAUCAGGGGUCGGCCGCUCGCCCUCCGCUGCAGAGGCUGCGAUGCAGGCUGCAGCCGUAGCCGGUCUCGAGUUUGCCGUUCGCCUUCGGUUUCCUCUCUUUUUCACCUGUGUUAGCAUGCAUCAAGUUCACCAACUUGCUCAGGUUCUUGACAGGCUCUCGUCGCUCUUUCAGCCUUCUUCUGCUGCGUUCGAUCCACCUGAGAGCCGGUCGGGGCUGGCAGCGGGCGAGCCGUCCUCUCCGCCUAGCUGCACUUGCGCGGAGAAGUUGCCGGAAAUGCGGCGCCCUCUGUUUCCUCCUGGUUCUGAAGAAGAAGACGAGAGACAGAAGAGACAGACGACGGGCGAGCAGGCAGACGCUGGGGGAGCUGACGACGAUGCACCUUUCGAAAAAGUGGAGCCUUUGGAGACUGCACUGAACCCGAGAACCUCUACCGAAGAGAAGGGAGUGUGUGGGAUUGCCCGGAUUUCGAGGACUGGCGAAGAACGAGAAGAACAGGGAGGCCCGUGCGGCGGCAGACAGGCUUUAGGUGAAGAACGGCGAUAUGGAGCGGGCAAGGACCAGGGCGAAGACGCGCCAGCGGACGUGGGGGCGGAAGCAAGCAAAGACCGAAAAAGGAUCGAGAGAGCGUAUGAAGACGAACGGGGUCCGAGAGGAACAGUUCCGGGCGACGACGACCCCUCACAACGAGCAGCGCCCGAGCAGGAUGCAGCGCGGACAACAGAGAAGUCGGGCGGAAACAGCGACGCUCAGAGGAACGCCUUCCACCCGACUGGACGACACGCGACGGGAGUCGAAACGGAACGGAGUGAUGAAGGGGAGAGAGUGGAGGCACGAGGAGCGGAAGACGCAGCGGAGGGGGCAGCGCCAGCUCAGACUGGUGGGGGGAGAGGCGGUGACCACCAGGAAAGCGGAACAGAGGGCCGAGCAAACGGCGGAGACAGACAGUCGCGUUCCGCUUCUUUAUCGCCGCCUUCCGCUUCUUUAUCGCCGCCUUCCGCUUCUUUAUCGCCGCCUUCCGCUUCUUUAUCGCCGCCUUCCGCUGACCCGGUGGAGCAAGGGCCGGAGGCCUCCCCUCUGGGACUUGAGGCGGGCGGCGAGAAGCACACCAGCGUGUGGCGGAGAUUAGUGAGUUACAUCUCUUCAGCCGCAAGACGCGGGGGGAGAGAACGGGCGGGAGAUCCCUCCGAGGGGUGCGAAGGCUCCUUCGGGGCUCGCACCGGCACAGGCGGACACAAAUUCAGAGCAGGGUGGAGACAGAAGGAAAGGCACAUUGCGCGCGAGGGUGAGCAGGGGGCUUUGGUGUCACUUUUGGAGGGCGAGUGCCGAGGGAGAGAGGGAGACCGAGCGCAAGCGGCGUCCGUCGCUCCAACGCAUGCGUUUCCGCCCUUUUCUGGCUCGUUCGGCGGGGAGGAAGUGUUUGCGAGUGCGUCGGCUGGCACCGACAUUUAUGGCGACGAUUUCGUCUGGUCUGACGCGCUUCGCUUUCCCCAGAGGCGGUCGCUUGCCGCUCCAUCGACGUUCGCUCACCCACGCGUUUUCUCCUCGGGGGACGGCGACACCAGCGACGCCUUCGCGCCUUCGGCUCGGUCCCCCCCGCUGGGCGACGGACAGGAUGCCUGGUUGCCUUGCCGCAGCCAGAGGGAGCCCCUCUCGGCUGCUAGGAACGGCGACCCUGGCGACGCCGGGCCGAGGAGCUCCGCCCGCGAGACGAACCAAGAGACAGGAAGAGCUCGAGGCGAGUGGCGAGACACCCUGGACGAAGACGCGUCUCCAGCAGUCCGUAGCGGCGCGACGCGUCCAUCCGGAGACGGCGCGACUGCGUCAUCUCACAGACAGGAAGAAGCAGGCAGGGGAGAAGCGUGUCAGGGGAACCCGAAGAAGCAGGGGGAUGCGAGGGGUGGCGUGUCGACGGUUUCGUCCCGCGACACGCCGGACACGACAGCGCCUCCUCUCCCUUAUGCCUGGGUGAUUCACGUCGAAAUCCUCCAGGUGUACGCCAACCUCGUCCUCUCUCAAGACUUCCGCGCUUCCUUGCUGAUUCGGGAACGGAAACGGCUGCCUGAAAGCCUGGGACAGCUGCGUUCGGCGUCAGGUAUGGGGGCUGUGGAGGAUGGGCGCGGAUCUCUGCCAUUGUUUUCGUUCUCCUCCGCGACGGAGAGUGCCCAUCCGACCUUGCGUGGCGUCUCUAACAUUCUGUCUUCUCUCAGAGGAAACCGAUCUUCCGCGCUUUCGGCCGGGGCUGCGAACACAGAGGGCGGCUCCAAAAAGACUCCUCUGUCUCCGGAGACGUGUGCGGGCUUGUCUCCUGCCGAAUGGCGGGACAGGCUCGUGGACGGAUGCCGCCCCGCGUGGCUCAGUGGCUGUACACUGGGGGCUGCCCGGAAAUCGCCUCGCUGUUUCUCGGCGACGGCGUCGCCCGCGUGUUCCCUUUUCCGAACGGUCACCAGGACGACUCUCGGCGACGGUAAGAAGGCGAAGGGCGCAGUUCAGCUGUUAAUCCCAUUCCCCAGGGCUUCCUUUGUCUCUUUCAUUGCAAGCGACUUCGCAUGCACCUUUGUCUCCUCGCUGCCAACUUGCCUGGUCGACGCGGCUGCGGUCGCGGCCUCAGCGGUCGUAUCGGAGGGCGGGCAACAUGCUUCAUCCUUUUCGCCGCCUCUCUGUUCGUCUGCUUCUGCGUUCCCACCUUGGCGCCCCGCUCGACGCCUUCCGCAUGGCUUUCCGGCUCGACCUCUCCAUCCGCCCGGCUCUCGCCAGCUCCCUUCUUCGUCCAGCUCGUUUCCUUCACCCGCCGUUCCUGGGGGGGGUGUCAGUAGGCGGAGACCUCCAGCUCGAAACUCUUUUCCGGGAGAGUGCGGUGACAGCGAGCGAGCGCUGUGGGUAGACCGCUCCGCUGAGCCUCAGGGCGUGCGCUCGGUGUGGCCUCACCCACCAAGCCAGCGCGGGACAGACGAAGAAUGGGAACUUUCCUGCGACGGUCGUGGGACGCGAGGUGCUGCCGGGAACCUGCCAGCUGUGCGCGAAACCAAUAGGAGUUUCGCGACAAGCGACCUCGACCACGAGGCUGUGAAUUCGGCUUCUCCAGGGUUUCGAGGCUCCAGCGGAAACCACAGGGUUGCUGCGCAUGCACCGACUGCUUCAGGACCAUAUACUACUGGGUGGAGCAACAGGACGUCUUCCGCUGCCUGCGGGAGACAAGGCGGGCCGCGUUCUGGAUUCCCUCUCGCUUCGUCGCCGUUUCUCGCCAGCGGCUCUCCCGCCGCCACGGGGUGGCACGCGCUGGUGUCGACUGGGCAGUGGGCGGUGGAAAUGCACUUGCUGAGACACAACUGGAAAACUGGCUUGUCGCCGAUGGGCGACGAGGGCAUCUCGCGGGGGGACUCGGUCGAGAAGUGUUUCCGCGAUGACCGGGAGCCUGUGCGGAGAAAGCGCAUGCACGCAAAACGGGCGCGAAAGCCGCGAAUAGCAUCUCAAGAGGCGAUGCAUCGAGUCACUGGCUCUAUCGCUCCCGCGUCUUGUGAGGGUCGAGGAGAUACACGAGAAGGAAGGUUGUGUGAAACGGAGGUAGGCGGACGGAGAACUUUGGACAAACGUGGACGUGAAGGGCAAGGUUUAAACGAAAACGAUGACACUCGCAAGGCAACAGGGGCGUCUCGCUCCACGGCAGGCGCCAGUGUUGAGGACACACGAGGCGGCAGAGGGAGGCGAGGCGGAGCAGGUGAGAAGGGCAACGACGAGAGUACCAGAGAGGCAAAGGACCAGGCAAGAGACACUCGCUGGUCUCUUCGAGCGACCGUGGCAGGGAAGGAAAACGCAAACACAAGCACAAAUUCAGUCAGAGAAGAGACGGGCGAACGCGUCGAAGAAGAGUCGCAGCAGCCAGCUGGACCCCCCACGGCAGACGCGCCUGCGUGGGAGUCACCUCGCGCUUUGCAAAGGGAAGACUCGGAGAAGCAAUGUGAGGCUACAGAGAUAAAAAGAGAGGGAGACGGAGAUGCCAGCGAUUCUCGGGAUGCUUCAAAACGACCUACCGCGGAUCCGGAGGGAGACAAGCGAGACGACAGAGAGCAGACAGCGGACCAACAUGAAACCGCAACACCACAUACAUCCUCGUCGAGUUCUGCCUCUUCUCUCUCUUCUUCUGCGUCUUCGGCGUCCUGUUUAUCUUCAUGUUCGUCGGUGACGGAUCCGGUGGCGGCGAGCGGGAAAACAGCCGAGAAGAGGGGACGGGGGGGACGCCGAAGCCGGUGCAGGGCAGCGGAGACGCGGACGCGAGCCCAACUAGCGGCCGAACAGGCGCAGGAGACUGCGGGGACCGUUUUCCUCCGAGGCGUCGGCGACGUGAUGCCCGCUGGAAGCAAAAGCGAGGAAGAGGGGAAGAGAGAGGAGGCGCGGGAAAGCCAACGAGCGUCAGUCGUCCCUGAAGAUGGCAGCAGACAGUCCGGGGUCUCGUCGUCGCCGUGUUGUUCGUCGGCGGCCGCGGGACAGGGUUCUUCGGUGGCUUCAUCUGCGCAAGGAUCCAGAGGCGUCGCAGCGGACCUGGACCGUGUGAUCCAAUCAGAGAAGCAGCCGGAUGCAGGAGCGCCUUUGCUGAACGAUGGGUUGGACGCCACAGAAUUUCGCGAUUGCAUUGAAGUCGAGGACGGGACGGAGAGAGAGAGGACUCUUUUGGGUCUUUCCGCGUGUCUCCGUCGCUCGGAGAACAACAGAGAAGGCAAAAGCGAAGACGCAAACGGCUCGCGCUCGCCUCUGGGGUCAGCAGGAGGCGAGAGGGAGCGGAUCAGCCGUAGGGGCUCAGCGUUGAAAUCGGAUUCUGUGGGAAACGGCGUGAAUCGGAGGCAGCUUCUUCUCUCUCAGUCGCAUGCCUUGAGAGGCGACUUGAGGUUGCCGUCGCUGCAAAACGCCGAUGAGGCAGACGGGGAAGGCCUUUUCCACAUCUCGGCCGGGUCCGACGAAGGCUCUCCUCGAGGCGAGGACGAAGCCGAUAAAACUGGGCAAAGCGCGUUUGGAGAGGAGAGCGAUGGAUGCGCGAGCAGCGUCUUUGCUAGUGCAGCGGAGGCAGAUGAAGGAGAGGAAGAAGAAAGACCGCCUGUGGGGCGAGUCAACUUGGGCGGAGCUGCUCGCAACGCGGAGAGAAGCGCGGCGAUCGAGAACCGAGAGAGAGCCUCGCGAUCAAGGGGGCAAGGUGUUCCUUUUGGGGACGCGUGGCCUGCCUCUGACGACGAAACCGACGAAAGUGUUUUCGACGUUCUCCUUCUUUUUUUUGCCGCGCCCGUCUGUGCUCGGCCCCCGUCUGAGUUGCCCUCUGCCUUGUCUCCGUUCGUCGCGUCUGCUGGGGAUGGCAUGCACCUCACAUCCCGUUCCGUCUUUCAUCCUUUUCAUCCUUCUUCUCUUCCGCAUUCCGAUUCGGGUUCUUCCUCACAGUCUCAUGCCGGCAGUCCCUCUCUCUGGGGCGCCUCCAGCCCCGACAGUGGGACGCCUGCGCCGUUCCGCCCGCCCUUCGUCACAGCCUCUUCCAGAAUCGCGGGCGAAAGCCAAGCGGGCGAAGAGCGGACGCACCGCAUGGAGAGUGAGCUGCGUGUAGGCGUGGGAGAAGCAGAAUGUUUGGAGUGCCAUUGUCUCAGGGACAGUGCGCAUCCCCGCGCCUCUGCGGGAAAAAACCGAGGAGAGGAGCGAGGCCGAACACGUGCCCAUCCCGGCGCUUUUGGGAAUUCAGGGAGCUGGCCGAGACCGCGUGCGCCGCUUGGCCAGGAGACCCGUCCGAAUGCCGUUCCUCCAUCCGCCGACACGUCUGGGGCGUCGCCGUUCCCUUUUUUCGCCCUGCCCGCCCCCCGCCUCCCCCUGGUUUCGUGCACGUCCGCCUCGUCGCGGACUGCGUUGCCUCCUACCCUGACGCUCCUGCCGCUGCCAGUGCCAUCCUCCCAAGACAGCGCCUUCUGGGCGACGCACGCUCUGCCCCCGUGUGAUGGGGGCGCGUCUGGGACGUGCUGCUACGGUGUGUCGCCUGCCGCUUCUGCCUUCGCGGCGCAUGCACAAGGUACAAGAGGAAGCGGAGGACCAACGCUGCAGGGAGGCCGCGAAGAAGCGCGUGUGCCUUCAACUCGGCCUUCUACCCCGUUCGCGGGUUCGCCUCCGGGGCGCCUCGGGCACCCUCAGGGCGGGAGAGCGCGCGACCUCCUACGGCCUUACCCAGAGGAUGAGGAUUCGCAGGCGCUGGUGCCCUACCCUUCGGCUCCCGUCAUGCAUGUGAAUAUCAAGCUGCAGGCAACAGUCGGACACCUUUCGCUCCGGGUCGUCACUGAGAUUCUUGAGUUCGAUGUCGGAUCUGAGUCGCCUGACCUUAAGCCUGGCCCGUUUCCGCGGCCAGCCGCUCCAGAAACGCCCGCAGCCCCGCCGGUCGAGACUUGCCCCGCACCCGCUUCUGCCUCAAAGGCGGAGCGUGAUCGCAGCCACUUGCCCUCGCCGGUUCUCUUGUGGGACGUUGUGGCCUUGCGGAUUCGGGUCGCCCCGGAGUUCUUCGCUUUGAUGCGGAGACGCGCCGCUCGGCCCUUCGCCCCUUCCUCCCUUUCGUGGCCUUCUCAGACUACGAGCGGCAGUGACCGCUCUCCCUGUCCUUGCUCAGGGACAGAGACACUCGGCGCGGCUCCGGCUCGGAACGAAGCCUCCUCGUCCACGUGUUCCGCUUCGCCGCAGCGCAGCGUCGCUCCUCUCGGAUCGUGUGCGCCUCGGAGUCGCGCUUCGUUCGCGUCUCAGGCGUCAGCUUCCGAGUCGGUGCUUCUCGAUAUUCACCACCUCGGGCGCCUGUAUUUCUUGUAUCCGGAGAGAACAGAGACGCUUUACUCGAAGCCAAGAUUAGAACGCGCCGCCGGAAACACCGGCUGCACGCCCCGGUCGGGUUCGCCGCAGGCGUCUUCGCGUUCCUCUUCUCUCGAGCUUGGACAGUUUGCCUGGCGAACACAGCUGCUUCUGUCGACUUGCGCGUCCUCCUCUGCUUCCCUCUCGGGUUCCGCAUUUUCCAUGAAAGUGCCCUGGUCUUCCGUCUCGACCGGGCUCGCCCGCUGCGAGGGCCAGGCGUUCCGGCGCCCCCCCGUGAGUCGAAGGCGGUCGGAGGCGCUUCGCUCGGGGCAGCCUCCGAACAGCGAUCCAGGCGUCGAGGUCGCGGACAGGAUCUUUCCUGCUCCUCCGCCUCUGCACGCGACGCAUGUGUCGGCCUUCCCAGGGAGGUCAGCUGGUCGAGAGCGAGAGCGCCGGAGGGCGGUGGCGUCUUUGAGCGAGAUUCCCGACGACGCUGCGCGGCGAGGAGACAGCGCGUGCGGGGUGCGAGACUCCGACUCGAAGGCCGCACGAGACGAGGCGAGUCUCCGCUUCUCCGUGGAUCCGCUGCUCUGGGGCCCGCCGUCGCGACUGGUCCUGAGGCUUUCGCAGCGAGCGGUCCUGAAGAGAGAAGCAAGCAACGAGCGACAAGGCCCAGGAAGACGAUCGGCGGCUUGCGCGGCGCCACCCGGUGCUGGGAAUGGAGCGUCUUCCACGUGCGCGUUCGGAGCGUCGGAAGGGGGGCAGACAGAAGAACGUGCGCGAGGCGAGGGCGAGAGAGAGCGCGAAGGGGCGAAGCCGAUGCACGCGGAGGGAAUGCACGCGGAGGAAGAAGCCUUGUCGGAGAUCGCUGCCUCGUGGUCUCAAUCCCGAGUUUCCGGAUUCUGGCCAGCAGACGUCAGGUGCGACCUUCUCUCGGAGAGGAAUCUCGACGGAGACAAUCGACACAUUCCUCUUCCUCCUGUUCCGCCGCCCCCGCUGCCUCCACCCCCGCAUCGGCUGCACAGCCUGUCGGCGUGCCCUUGCUGCUCGAGUCCUAGACGCCUUCCGCGCGUGGAGAGAGCAGAUGUUUGCGGCACGCCGCGACGUUCAAGUUCGCGCGAGACAGAGGAAGGAGAAAAAAUGGAUAUCACGUCCCGGUGGCCCGACAAAAGAUCAAGACACACGCCGCAGGCCUCUUUGGGUCUUCCUGUCCCCUGCAACACACUCGCAACACAGGCCUCGAGUGCGCGAUCGUCUCGCGCGUCGCCCUAUGCGUCUUCGUCGGCGCAUCCACUGAGUUCAUCAAAGCCGUGCUUCUCUUGCUGUCACCUGCCUCGAGGGGUCUUGCCGCGUGCAGACGCCAGCGCCAGAGAGCAAGCCUGUCUGCCCGCUUCUCUGUCUUCUGAGGGAAGCGGCGCGAGCCUGGAAGACCCGUGGCGCGGCCUGCUGUCCCCCAACAGGAAACGCGAGGAUCGAGCAAAACGAGAGCGGGGCGAACGAAGCGCAGCUGCAGGAUGCGACAGCCGUUCAAUGCGGACUGCGUUUGCCGCGCAGUCCUUGAGCUGGCUCGACCGGAACUCGCUGCGGACUGACAAAAAAGUGAAUGCAAAGAAACUGCGAUUUCCCAGGGGGCACCGUGCCGCCGACGAAUGGGCAGUGCUGUCUUGCGACCGCUUGAGUUCAUAUUCUCUCUUUCGACAGGCGCCGCCAAAGCCGGCGUUUUCCGCUGGGGUCCCGAGUUCGGUCGCGCCUGCGUGGGCCGGUGCGUCCUCCAGCGUGCAGCGAGACACGCAGCUGUUCUCGCCCUUUUUUUCGCGACACGGGGAAAGUCAGCCGGAGUCUGCUUCCACCGAGGGCCAGGAACAACCCCCAGGAGACAGGGAAACGUGGAGAGAUGACGAGGCUAUUCACGAGGAAGAACUGAUUCUUACACGCCAACAAGGAGACGACACUUUGGCUGCUCGUCUCAACUCCAAAGGCCCACCGUCGGGGACACCUCGUGCUGCUUCUGAGGGCACUGCGUUCCCGCCUUCGUUUUCGCAUGCGAGGCGUCGGAGCAGCGAUCGCCAAGCCCCGAGAGGCACGGCCUGUUUCGAGGGAGACUUGGUGGAGGAAGAGACAGUGGAAGUGGGCGUUUUUCUCCCGCUGUUGCACGCGCCUCUCGAAGUGUCCAGCCUCCUUCUUCUGCGACGUUCCUUUGGCCUCGUUGACCAGUUCCAAGCUUGGCGACGCGCCACGCGUGGAAGGCACACUUCUUCGCGGCGCAAUUUUUACACAGACGGGGACCGAAGAGGCCACGAGGGGACAGAAGCCCGAGCAGAAAGCCGCGAGAGUCGCAGUGAAGAAGGAAGACGCGAAGGGGGGGCCAACGGGCGUUUUGCAGGGUUCGAAGAGUUAAGACCGAGAAGCAGAGGCGGAUGGAGGGAAGGCGCAGCUGGAGAUUCAGGUGACUGGGGUCCGAAACCAAGCAGAAAAGAAAGCAAGGUGGAGAGGGCCGAAGACGCGCGAGGGGACACACGGGCCUGCGCGCCCUUCGUGCGCGCUGCAGACGAUGUGUCGGGUAGACGGUGUUCAUGUGAAAGAGGACCGAAUCGGGGAGCUUCUGUCUCGUGCGACGCAUGCGUUCGACCGCCGCCAAGCCGCUCGUCUUCCUGUCUAUUGACUUGGUCUGCCCCGGGUAGAGAACCACGGAAGGUGCUCAUGAAUCGGUUCCAUCUCUUUGUCGACGCGGCAGUCAUCGAAUGCGGAAUCAACAGCUCUUCCUCACGCAUGCUCAUGCAACACGGCUCCCUCGGUCUCUCGCCGGCUUGGGGUUGGCCUUCUGUGCGCUCUGCGGCUGGCUCUCCCUCUUCACGUUCAUUCAGGCAGGCGCCCGCCUGGGACAGGGGACAGCCUCGGGGCGUAGAGACGAGUCGCGAGACGAAGGCGGCGAACGACGAGGAGACAGUGGAGACAGCAGAGACGAAGAGUUUGCAGGACGACCGUGCAUGGGAGACCCGACUGCUCGAGAGCUUCUCGGGAACCUUGCACGCGGCGAGGGACCGAGGGGACGCCGGAACCCCUUGCUUCGUGCCGUUCCUUCGUCUCGAGCUCGGGCGGCUGCAGGUGAAUUUGGGACUUGGAAAGUCCGCAGCGCCUGGAGACGGACGGCGGCCGCGCCUCACCGGCUCUGGCGGGGAACGAAUGACGGGCAACAGAAGUGCGAAGUCACAAGCACUAAAAGACGCGAUUCGGAGGUUCCUUCUCUUUCUCCCCUCGCCGAGCGAAACCGUCGUCUCUCAAUCCAGCGCGUCGCUUCGGCCUCAAUUGCCACCAGGCCUCAUGCACGUCGACGCCGCAGUGGGAAGCGUCGCCCUGUUUGGAAAGGGCGGCGUGCCUUUCCUCUACACAUGGCGAGCUGCGCUCUACCGGGCGGCAGCCUCUGGGAGCUCAACCGCCUUGGCCUUCCAGCAACGUUCGUCUUCUCUCGCUUCUGCGCCGAGCGGACACUGUGGAGCCCAUCGAGGCGAAGCGGGGCACGAGCCGAGGCAGCGCGAAGGCGAGAAGAGCGCGAAGGCGGAAGAGGCAAAAAACGCGGAAACGGAAGACAAGGUCGAAAGUGCGGAAGACUACUUUGUGGUUUAUGAUCGGGACCAGAAAGAGUCAGUUCCCCCCGAGAAGUCGACAUUUUUGACUCCGAUCCAGAAAUCGGUCGCCUCGCUUGCGGCAGCCACGCGCCAAAGCCUUUUGCCUUCGACACGCGAGGAGGAAGCGCCCUCGACAAAGUCGCACCUUUGCCCUUCUUCGGUUUCUUCCCUUCCCUUGUUUGCCGCGUGUGGUGAAGAGCGAUGCUCGCGCGCCGGGGGAGGCGGCGACGCAGAGACGAAGGCGCUCCGCGAGAAAGCGACCGGGUGGGAAGACGCGAGAGGAGACGAGGGAACUCCCUGCUGGGAUGCCAGCGCGAAACGGGCACCGUUUGUGGCCGCGAUGGCGCCGUGCAGUUCGCUUGCUUUCUCAGUUCAAGCCGAGUUCUGUCGUGAAAGACACAUCCCGCAUUCUCUACAGCCACGCCCAAUAGAAGCCAGAGAGGGACCCGAGAGAGAAGAAGCUGACGGCCCAGAACGGGGGGAAGAGAGCGCCGAAGCGCGAGCAGGACGAAAGGCCUUUGGGUGGAGAGGAGGACAGGGAGAGCUCGGAAGGAUGAGCGCAAGCAGCGAGAAGCAAGAGAGAACGACAUUCUCUUUUUCUCCCUCGGAUUCAUCCCUCCGCGUGAGGCUGCGGGUCUCUUCCCGGGUUCCCACAACAACUGUUGUGACGCUACGCGAGACCGACAUUGCUCUCGGGUGGCUUGUGGCAGUGGCGGAUGCCCGUGCUCUGGACACAGUUAAUUUCCUUCUUGGGUCGGCGCUUCUGCUUUCGACGAUCCGUUCCUCUCAGGAAGGCCGAGCUUUGUCGCCUGUCGAAACUUGCAGGCUGCCAGCCACGGUUUCCGGUCCAGAUUCUCCGUUCGCUUCCCUCGGCUGCAAGUCCGAGCGACGGAGGAAACCGUCUCGAGAAGGAGCGUCGUCUUCGCGGCGUUUGAGUGGGGACGACAGGCGAGCCCCCCUGGACGCCCCGGAACGGGAGUCCUCAGAGUGUGGAGCAACGGGGACAGCCGCAGAGUCGGGUUUGGCGUCGCGUGCUGCCGGACAAGAGAAGUGGAUCGAGACAUCGUUGCUUCUUCCCGGAGGAAGCGCGAAAGAAGAUGCGCACAUGGCUGCCGAUAUCAAGACGGACGCAGGCGCUUUCUCGCCAUUUUCUUCGUCCCCCGUCGCUUUUCGGUGGUCGCCUCCCCACAAGCCGCGGGCCACGCAGGUGUCUGUACACCUCACCCGGUCCCUUCUCGUGCUCCCGCGCCCGCUGGGGUGGGCUGCUUUCUGGCGCACUCAGCAAGGCCACGCGAGGCCUCUCUCUGCGCUUCUCGCCCGCGAAACGGCCUGCGAACUGCCGCUGUCGGCGGAAAGGGAAAGGCGUCCGCAGGCUGCUCGGCCGUCUGGAGCUUCGGCGACUCCUUUCCACCUGCGAGCGCAGCCGUGGCAAUCGCCGCGAGACGAAAGCGAGGAAGAGCGCGAGGAAGCGGACCUGCCUUCGGGCCUCGCCUGGCUGGCGGUGCUGGAGGUUGAUGGCGUCUCCGCGACGCUUCUCAGCCAGCAUGCGAGGGCCUCAUUGUCUCGUAGAGACUAUGAAGGAACUCAAGAAGAAAACGAAGGAGGGGUGGGCGGGAGGGGACGAAGAAGGAGAAGAAGCGAAGUCGCAGAUUCACGUCAGCGAGGAGAGGGAGACGGCGGGAGGGUUUUGCGUGGCAGGGCCGACCAGGGAAAGCCGUUGUCUUUCGAGUUAAGCAGGGAGACGAAGGCGCUUGUCUCGUGUGCGUCUCUCCUGCCGGGUUCGUCUUUUGAAACGCGUGCUUCUCCGGGUUGUCUUUCGUCUGCGGCCACGCCGUUCUCUGCGCAUGCGCUGUCGCUGCUGGGCUGGCGUGUCCAGGAGGCAAAGCUGCACAUCAUUAACGAGGCGAGCCAGACGGCGCUAGAGUCUGCAGCCUCUCCCAGGUCUGCCUCAUCGAUGUGUCACAGUCACCAGAGACAGAACGAGGUGAUGAAACUCCUCAGUUCCAUUCCUUCGCCCUCCUCGCUGCUUCCCCCCCGCUUGUUUAGUCCUUCGCGGAGCCGCCUGUCUUCUCGCGGGUCUCUUCCGAACGGUAUCGAAGAGAGUGAAGAGAGUGAAGAGAGUGAAGAGCGCGGACGAGGCCGGGGAGCGUCUCAUCGUCGCCUCUCCGGCUCGGCUUGCACGUCCGCUUCUCCAGCUCACGCUUCGCGCUUUCUCCCUCUGCACCCGGCUCUGCGUCACUGUCGAGCGGAAGAAGAGAGACAGCUUUCUUUGUCGCUCGACCGCCAGGACGCGGGCGUGUUCCAAACGCGCUCGCCCCUCGUCGUCAGGGCCUCCGAAGUCGCCUCGAUCUUGCCCGCGUGUGGUCUCGUGUGUGUGGCGCGCCUGAGCGACGUCGAGGGCAGUUGCACGUCCUCUCCUUUGCCCGAAGAGACGCACGUGGAGCUCCACGUCAACUCCGGAGAAGAGGCGAGGGAAACGCAAGACAGGGCCUCAGACGAAACCCCAAACGGCAGAGACCGACGUGAAGGAGAGACGAAAACAGUCCGGAUGCUGGGCGUCUACGCACGAAUCGGGUUCUGUCGUCUGACGUUGGCUCCUGACAGUCUGAGGUGCCUUCUCAUUAUCCCCGUGGACCUUCUGCUUCUUCACAACGCCUUCAGACACAUGAAGGAAGAAAUGCACAAUCUGAUGAACCUACUCUGUACGCUUCCCACUCAGGCUGCCUCUCUCGUGUCGACGUCGUCUGCCUCGCGUUUCUCUGCUUCCUCUUUGUUGCCUUCUUUGUCUUCUUCUUCUUCGUGGAGGUCUCCCGACUCUUCGCAUUGGGUGGGGGAAAGCUACCGUGUGUUGACUGCGUUGUUGUCCCAAGGUGCGAGGGCCUCUUCGGGGUUUGACUUGUCGGCAGCGUCUUACGCCUUUCCGCUGCUUCUGCUUUUGCUUCGGUCACGAGGGAUGCUGAGGCGUGAAAAUCUCAAGGCGAAGCGGAUCUCGACUUGGCUGGGGGAGGACGCGACCAGCGGCCGGAGGCAAGGCGGCACAGAGAGGGACGAAAGCGCGGAUGCCACGCGCGUGGUUGAAAGUCGCGCCUCUUGGGAAAACGAAGGGGCGAACGAGAGAGACGGAGACUGGCCGUCCUCGUUGGGGUAUGCGAUUCACGCCCGGCGUACAAACGACGGUGACAGGAAAGAUGCAAUUUCGGAUGCAAUUCCACGGAUUCCUGCGAGUUGCCCGCUCUCCGCGCCUUCUGGUGCGCUUGCUUCGAGGUCGGGUUUGGCCUCUUCUGCUCCAGGCCUCGAGACGAGAAAACGCUUUGAAAGCGAAGAGGCGGGGAUAGGGCUGCCUUGCGUAGAGGACUUCUGGGCGAGACGCAUACCUUCUCUUUCCUUGAGAGGCCACGAGGGGCGAAGCUUUCCCGAGUGCGGCGGUCUGCUGGCAGAUAUUCAGAUGGACGCCUUUUCAGCUGUCCCCGCUGCUUCACCGUCGCCUUUCAUCCUUCCUCCUUCUUCGAGCCUUGCGUGGCCGGCGGAUCCCACGGUUCCUCAGAACCGUUUUCGCGAAGACAGUGUGUGCGAUUCGGUUUCGUCUGGGGCAUUCAAGGCACGAGGUGCGUCUUCCUCCUUCGACGGGGAGAUGUUCACGGCGGAUCCGAGACCAAGGCAGACUGCCGACGAUUUCCACCUGGUCGAAUCUCUUCCUUCGUCCUCUUCGCGUUUGGCCUCUUUUUCGUCUUCGUCUGUUCAUGUUCCUGCAUAUCCGGCUGCCGCGCUUCCAGCCUUCCGACUGGAAGAGAAGGAAGGAGAGUGGAGGGACACGUCGAGCGGACGAGAGACAGACGCAGGCGCGUGUGGCCAGCGAGCAGCCUUAAAUAGAAACGCGGAGCGAGGCGGAAUCCUCGAAGACUACAUUGCCUGCCCGACGGCGCCGAGCGGGGAGGAAGAGAAGCCGGCGCCCGAGACAGCACCUGGAAUGCACGGAAGACCUGGAGAUGGGAAAGGAGGGGCAAGGCGCGAGGGCGCGAGACAGACCUCGACCGGGCUGGACACAAAGGGUUUGAGCGGACGCGCGAAGAAAGAGAGAGAAGACCGAGGGGAAGCCCUAGAGACACAACGAGAGAGAGGCAAACCGUCAUUUUUUGUCUCUUUAGAGCGCACCGCUCAGCGACUCGACGAAGACCACCUGCCGUUUCCCAUGACAGCCGAAAUGCGGGAAUCGGAGGAAAAGGAAGAAGCCGCGCGCGACGAGUUGUAUGCCACCUUCUUCGGACCCGCCCUCGCGGAUUCGGAAACGCCUCCAAAGGCGUUACCCUCCUCAGAGGCCCCGACGUCGCCAGCCGAUCACCCUCGCGAGGGGAUGGCGCUCUGGAGGGACAGUCGGCACUCGCAAGGCUUCACGUUCGCUCCCCACUUCGCGCUUGGUUCUUCUCGCCACUCUUCUUCGCCCUAUGCUGUUUCUGCAGGGCCGGAAACGAGUCCUCUUCUGGGAGGAUCGUCUCUUUCCGCUGCGUCGUCGGCAGCCGCUGUUUGCGGUGGACAGCCAGCAGGCACGCAACUUCACGCAGCGGAGAAGGAAGACCGGACUUUGGUCUCUCUCCCGGGUUCCCCUGAGGCGCCACCGGCGCGGGCGUGUCCCUCCGCGGGUUUGUCGCGGUUCGCCUCUUCGCUCUUCGCCGCCGUCCCCGACAGUUUGGCCUGUCGCCAUCCUGGCAGGCCUUGGGCGGCUUUGCUGGACGGGGGGCGCGACUCAGGGCCUCGCCAACAGGGAGGCAGAGGCACGCCUGCGAGCGCAGGAGACUGGAGAAGCGAGCAAGACGCAGCGGAGGACGGAUGGCGAUGCGGCGUUCAUCUCCACCUCGGAAGAAUGGAAAUCAACGUGUCUCGAGGGGCCGACUUCGCCGUCGUCUCUUUGCGUGGCCACGAGGGCUCUGGGCACUCCGCCUCUUCCGCCUCGCGCACGCGCCCCGAGACCCCCAAGGCGAGAGACGCGCGGACCUGCGGAGAGCAAGAAAGGGUGCGAGGCAGAAAUGGUCGGAAGCGGCGCAGUCGAAGCGGGGGGGACGCGGCCUCGAAACCGAGCGGCGGUCGCAGCCUCGGCGACGCGGAACCUCUGGCGGGAAGGAACCGUGCAACGGGGGAGAUCCCUUUCGAGGCGUGCGCAGACGACCGCGGAGAACAGCCGAGUCGACCGGGAAGGUGGAAGGAAGAAGUCGCAGAGAUCGUGCUCGAGGCUGCAGACUUCGUGUUUGGCGGGCGCGCGGGUAACCGCGAGAACACACCCGCGAGCAGGACGCGCCGCGAAAAGGCACAGGCCACGCAUGGGCCAGUGACGCAGAGACAGAUGGUGCAAGUCGCGCCGGACGGCGAAGGGCGAGACGACCACGCCGUCGAGACCGGACAGGCCAAGGUGACGCCCGGCGCGUCCUCGUGGGGGAUGUCGUCCUUCGCGUCUUCUGCGUCAUUUGCCUCGUCGCGUUCGCCGUCCGGUGUCUCCCUCCCUUCGGGGCUGGAGUCGCCUCCGCCCCGCGGAAGAAGAGGGCAUUUCACUGGCAAGGGGUUCGCGUCGUCGGCGGCAGGGGCGUGUCGGCGUCGCGUGGCGCUGCGCAUCCACAACUUCGCCGUGAGGGAUCUGGUCCGCGGCUCUCUCUUCUCGCACUUUGUGCGCUACUACGAUGACCAGAAGCGACCGCGUCUCGCCUCUGUUCCCAUGCUUGCGCUUUCGAUUGAGGAGUAUUGCCUCUCGAUCCAGCCUCCUGGAGCGACUGGGGCCUGCCUGCGCGGCGACGCGCCUCGGGGGUCAGAGCGGCCCGCGCGGGAGAGACAGCGAGCGAGCCUUAACGAGGAGAGAGAAUGCGGAGAGAAGAGCCGAGAAAGAGAACGAAAGCCGCUGGAGCGCGAGAAGGACAAGGAAGCUGAACGGCGGAGCGGUGAUAGACAGCCGCGCAGCUCGGCGCCGGUGGUGAGACAGGCGACGCCCCGCCGCGACGGAAGACGCGAGAUGCAGAAGUGGGGAGAGGACGCAGACACACGCAACGAAAAUGCCGAAAACGAGCACGAGAUGUGUGUCCAACAGCGGGAAGGCCUGCAUAGGCUCGAGGAGGCGCUCGCGAGACCACUAAGGACCCGGGAGGAGCGAGAGAGCACGGUCGAAACACCACGGAACUCGGGUCGUGGAGCGAGACACGAUGGUGCCGGGGAAGGGACAUGUGUGAUCGACCCAGGACGGGCGGCCUUGGCCCCCACACGUGCGCAGCGUGAGCCGGAACUGAGACGCAGUCGCACGUGCUCUCCGCUCGAAUACACAGUUGAAAUUCGGCUGCUCCCGCUAUCCCUGACCAUCCAGCAAGAGUCGCUCGACGCAUUCGAAGAUGUGAAUCGGCAGCUGCGGAUGGCGGGCUUCGUUGAGUGCUCACAACCGCUGUUUAGCAGCAGUGAAGAGGACGGCGCAGGGUCGGGUUCAGACCCAGACGAAGGCGACUCAGAUGACGAUAGAGGCCACGGGGACGGACCUUUCCUGUGGGGGAAGGAAGACGGCCAUCUGACCAGUGGAGGGCGAAGAGGUGCGAAUCGCAGCAGUGAGGAAGGCUCGUCGAGUCUGUCGCCGUCUUCAGCUCCUGCUGUUGGGUCGCUGCGUCGCACACGAAGAAGGGAACAGGACAGUCCAGUUUUUUGCGACAUUUUCGGAGAUCGUGGCUUCAGGAGGAACGCGCCAGCCUCCCCGUGUAAAGUGGCCGCCAUGGUCACCUCCGCUCCGAGACUAGCUAGCUGCAGGCGACAGGAGAACCUGCGACACGGCGCCCGGUUUGCCGAGAAGGAAUCUGCGCCAUUCGCGGUUUCCGCGCAUGCUGACGCGCCUUCGUCCAGAGCACAUAUGACAGAGUGUACAUACACCGAGAGCUGCGGCUUCCCGACUCCGGACAAAAACGGCUUGAGUGCGCUUGCUGACGGUUGGCGGUUUCCGCCUGUUCCAGCAUUUCUUUCCUCGUCUCUGGACCCUUUCCAGAACAACGCGGACGAGUCGCCUUUCGCCUCGUCGCUUGACCGUUCUCAUCCCUCCGCUCUCUCGUUCGCAGCGUCGCCGUAUUACCCGGCUUCCCCGUCGGUCCCUGCGCAUCCUUACGAAGAUCUCCUGCCUUCUCCGUCUGCCGAAUCGGCUGGCCUGCAGCACGCCUUCACAGUCUCUCUGGAAGGGAAGUUCACCGAGUUCCUUUCCCAAAAAACAGAGACGCACGGACACAGAGCGCCCGACCGUUCGUGUGUCUCUUCCUCGUCGUCCGCGGUUUCCGCUGGGGCUUCUCCGGCUCGCGGAAGAAAGACAAGCGGCGUAGCGUGGCGCGAGGAAGAGGCGCCAGACGGAAACCGAUUGGCGGGGAGGAGACAGAGAGAGAGAGGAGACAGAAUGGGAGGCACUGCAGAGGAAGGAAGGAAUUGCUUCGAAGACGAGGAAGACUUUGAGUCGGUUUCGUUCGGAGAGAGCCCGUUCUUCAUUCGCUCUUUUGACAUGCCCCCGCUGCUGCUGCGAAUCGACUACGUUCCCAAACGCCUUGAUCCCACGGGAGUGUGCAACGGACAACUCAACGAGGUCGUCAAUUUCCUUGUCUCCUUUUGCCGAGUGGAAGGCAUGGAAGUUACUUUGGCACGCAAGGCAUUUCGCAGCGUUACGAGCGGCGAGGUGCUCCUGGAGCAGCUGUUGGCGUCUUGGGCGGAUGAUUUCAAUCGCGCGUUGGUUCUGAAGUGCAUGCGCGGAAUCACGCCCUUCCGCCAUGUCCUGCGCCUGGGGAGGCGCAUGAAGGCUGUCGCCCAGAAGCUCUUGCGCCUCUCAGUUCACCACUGGCGAACAAAGGAUCUGACGUCCAAGACCUUUUUCUAUGCAAACUAUGCGCAGUACAGACAAUUUAUUCGAAACAGCCUCCUGAGCGCAGGCGGCCAAGAAUUUCCUCAUUUCUCUUGGGUGGCUUUGAAGCAGGCAGCAGCGAUCAUCGUCGCCGCAAGUGUGGAGGGAAUAACCUGGUCCGAGAGAGUCAUGCGGAGCGCCCAUUGCCUUCUGCAAAUCCUCGAUCGGCGGUGCACGCCCGGCUUGUGCCCAGCCUACCCUUCGUCGACGCUUCGAUUCGCGCCUCGACGCGAAGACACAGACACAGAAGACGACGGCUUGGCCUCGCGAGUCCUCGCGUUUCCGGAGACUUGUGAACGCGGGCGGGGGCGCGAUCUCCACCAAAGAGACCUCCAGGAAUCCGGAAGACGCGUCGCGCACAGACAGAGCGACGCUUCAGGCUCCACGUCGAUUCGCUUGACCGCGCGCGAUCCGAGUCGGGCGACAAAUCUGGAUGAAGCGAGUGGCAUGGGAAGCUCGGCGACUGGCCUCGAGGGCGAGCGGGGCAACGACUGGGCUGUCGUCAGGUUGGGAGCCGACGGAAGCUACGAGCCGCACACAAUUGUGCACGGUCUUUCGGAUGGCUUCUGCUGCGUGCGCCGAGGGAUCGUUUCUGCGCGCCACGUCGCCGAGCGCCUGUGGUCGCCUCCGUCCUCGGUUCUGUCUUCUCUCGCGCACGGAGGGCUGCAAGAUCCAGAGCGACGGCGAGAGGAGCAGCGAGAAGGCCGAGGCCUCGUGCCGGCAGUCGUCGUCGGCACAGAGUGCAUUCAAGUGCUGGCCAGGCUUCUCCCCAUUUUCAUCCUGAGACCCAUGCUGGGUUUCACAGAAGGCGUUACAAGGACACUGCAAGGCACACGCAACCAGUUGGUUCCUCGCCUGCGAGAGGAGCGCGUGGCGAAGCUUCGCGAGCCGUCUUACAGAGUCCAGCGGUUCACGGAAGACGAAGAGGAAGGCCCGACGCCUCUUUAA